AUGGAAGACGGAAGGCAAAAAAGGCGUGAGGAGAUGGAAGUCGCGGUCCUGAUGAUCGAGGACAUUGUCCGAGACCAUCAACAAAAUUGCAUCGCAAUGUUGAAUAUGGUUAACAGCUUGGUGAGCGGCAAGGAUGCUAGUUCGGACCAUAACCGCGAUGCUCGGAAUCGUGUCUCGUAUAGCAUGACAGACAAGAUGCCUGCGCAAGUUAGACAUAUGAACCGCCUUACUGCCCUCACCGACGUUGACUGCAUAAACAAUCUCCGGAUGGAUCGCAAUGCAUUCGGCCGUUUGUGUCGCAUACUCCGUGAUAGGUGUGGUUUGGUUGACCAAAGGUAUGUUCGUGUGGAGGAGCAGGUGGCGAUGUUCCUUUGCACAUUGGCUCACCACACAAAAACGCGUAUAGUUGGCUUCAGAUUCAUUCAGUCCAAGCAAACUGUUAGUCAUUAUGUGCACAACGUCAUGCGAGCAGUUAUUCAUCUGCACAAAGGCCUCUUCGUGGAACCGUCUCCGGUGGAUGACAGCUGUGACGACCCAAGGUGGAAAUGGUUUAAGGGUUGCCUUGGUGCAUUGGACGGGACGUACAUUAAUGUCCGUGUUUGUGCAGCUGAUGCUCCUCGUUACAGGAAUAGGAAAGGUGAAAUCUCAACGAACACUCUUGCUGUGUGCGACCGGUUACUCAGGUUUGUCUACAUACUCCCCGGGUGGGAGGGAUCGGUGGCUGAUGGAAGGGUACUCCGAGAUGCUAUAUCUCGAUCCAACGGUCUAAAAGUUCCCAAAGGUUCGUACUACUUGUGUGACAACAGCUACGCCAACAGUGAAGGUUUCCUAACCCCCUUUAAGGGGGUGCGCUACCAUUUGAAGGAAUGGGGCCCCACCAAUCAGAGACCGAACUCACCCAAGGAACUGUUUAACAUGCGUCAUACGAUGGCUCGUAAUAUAAUCGAGCGUGCAUUUGCCAUUUUGAAGAUGCGGUGGGGUAUAUUGCGUAGCGCUAGUUUCUACCCGAUCGAGGCCCAAACCCGAUUGAUUAUGUGUUGCUUUCUGCUGCACAAUUAUGUGAGAGGGGAGAUGCAGGUAGAUCCCAUUGAAGUUGAGCUGCAGAACGGUCACGAUGACGGAGAGGGGGAACCUAUAGGGGCACAACAAGAACUCCCAUCUGAAAUUCAAUUCGUGGAUACAGUCGAAGCUACACCCGGCUGGAAUCAGAAGCGUGUUGAUCUAGCAAACUACAUGUGGAACAACCGGUAGAUGAAUUGUAAGUGCGUGUGAGGGGUCCGUCUUUGAACUCUGUGAAUGAAUUACAUCAUACUCCUAUUUUAAUCCUUCUGUCAUGUGUA